AUGUGCAAUAAAAUUAACUUAGACGAAAUUAAUAAGAUUCCUAAAGAAGAAUUUAAGGAUAUAAUCGAAUCAUGGAUGGAUCAGAAGGCAGUUAUGAAAGAUUUACAGAAGAAAUUAAGGAAGCAAUUAUUCAGUGAUUUUCAAAAGACAGCAAUCGGAAAGGCCAUAGAAAUCCAGAAUCUAAAAAAAUCAUUUAAUCCAAAGGCUUACGUGCUGAACUCAAUGCAUGCUGAGCAUUUAUAUUGUGAGAAAUAUUUCUUCUCAUUAUCAGUCUUAUCUGCCGAAAUACAGCCACACGUCCUUCCAAACUUUGACGAAGAGAAAUUUAGGUAUGAGCGUAAAGAAAUUGUUGAAUAUAUGCAAAUUUUAGGACUAAAUAAGGAAGACAAAAUUGUUAAGCAAAUAAUCACAAGCUACAAAUCAUCGAAUGAAUCAUUAAUUAGCCUAUUACUCAAGCAUUUAAUCCUUACUCAUCGUGUAGUAGAGAGUAAAACGUCAGGAGCACAAACGGAAAUAAAAGCGCAGGUCAUGGACGUAUCGCAAAUAUCGUGUAGCACUAAAUCAACAAAGAAACUUAAUAAGAGACGAAAUCAUAGCCUUUUAGAUCCAGAUAUCAAAAGGAGCAAGUCAAAGAAUGGCGUGUCGCUAAUUGCUAAGAAUUUAGAUAAAAUGUCACACAAUAUCAGCAUGAUUACAAACAAAUUAGAAGACUUGAAGAAAAGUUCAAGUCAUGAUGACACAAAAUCAAUUAUCUCUUAUGUUGGGGGAAUAAUGCAACAGUUGAGUUCAUGUGUAAAUAACUUUGAAAAGUUGUGUAAUGAUAUUAAGACAAUAAAUGAGGAGAAGAAUAGCAAGUCGAACUAUGAGGAGUAUAUUGAUGACAUGAAAAAUUCAGAGAAUGGUAAAAAGUUUCUCAAAAAGUUCUCAAAAUCAUUUUAUCGAAUAUUAAAUGAGGAAAAGAAGAAAAUCCAAAAAGAUUAUCAACGAAAAUUAGAAAAGGAGAAAAAGAAACUUUCCAAGUUUCAUCAUAAGAGUUCGUUAAAAGCAGAACAUGCUCAUAAAACUUUGGUUUUAAAAGAGCCACUUGACAGAGAGAUAACAAAAGAUCUGAAUGAGAUUUAUCGUAAUGCAUUUCUAACAAUUGAGAACAUGGAGAAAGAAAAUCAAAUUCUUGAGAAAACACUUGAAAUUGAUAUCAUGAAUAAGAAGAAAAAGAGCGAGAAUAAAAUUAAGAACGAAGAAAAUCAAAAACCAGAAUCUAAUGUCGCAGAAAAUAAUUUACUCGCGAAAUUAGAUCUGAAUGAAUGUCGACAAAUUCAUUCAGCUGAAAGCUCAUCCAUCAAGAAUAAUGAACCACAUUCCUACAGUACGACAUCAUUUGAAGAUGACAUUAGUGAUGACAAAAACAUUUGAUCUCCUUAUCUUUACAAAAACUUGAGGAGGUAUAGCUCUAAUGAGCUGGACAUUCUCGAGUCCUUCAAAAUAAUUGAUUGCUCUUAAAGAUGAGUGCUCGACGAUUUUGACUUUAAAGUUUUUACUGCAAUCUAUUUUCUGCUAGCAAUUAUAGAUUUCCGUUUGUAUUCAAUUCUUGGAAAUUUGGUUCGCAAAAAAC